AUGGUCGAUUCUCUGAAGAUCGCUCUUGACAAUCAGAGGCGUUGGGUGUAUCCUGGCGGGAUUUUGUCGGGCACUGUGAUUAUUCAGGUCUCGGAGCCGGUGAAAGCGAGGGCCGUUGAGAUCCGAUUCGAGGGAAAGGCGAGCUGCGGCUGGACGGAAUACGAAUAUAGACCGUGAGUUUGGUCGUUAAAACGGGCGUUUAUGACAUCUAUAAGGCUCUUCCUUGACAUUUAUAAGGCUCAAUUUUUUUGCGUUUAGGUCUGUCUACUAUGAUGGUAGAUACCGGUCGCGCCACCGGUGGGUGAAUUACGAUGCUGAGAUUGUCUAUGCCAACCAUGAGCAAGUGGUUUGGGGUCCGCCCUCCGGCCAAGGCGUUCUCCAACCGGGCACCCAUCAAUGCCGAUUCCAAUUUCAGGUCCCACAGAAUGCCGGCCCGACCUUCGAAGGUGGGUUUUGAGCGGAGGGGAAGAGUUGACUCGAGCCAAAUGUUCCUCUUGAUCCAUUUGGCCGGAUUUGGGUGUUUGCAUGGCCAAAAGAUUGCUGGAGGUGCUUGGCCAAGGUUUUCUAAACCGUCUUGAGCAGAGUUGUAGUGGGUUACCGAUGAUGUUGACCAAAAUUUUGAUUUGAGUCAAGUGUUUCUCAAAGAGAGAAAGAGUUGACCCGAAAGUAAAAUUAUUGCAAUUAGAUGUUUAGAAUGUCUAGAGAACUUUGUAAGACACAUGAUAAUUUUCUAAAGCUUGUAACGUUCAGGUUUUCCCACUUUGAGUCAACUGUUUCUCUCUGGGGAAACAGUUGACCCGAAAGUAAAAUUAUUGCAAUUAUAUGUUCAGAAUGUCUAGUAGGACUUUGUAAUACACAUAAAAAUUUUAAAAGAAAGCUUAUACAUUCAAGUUUUCCCGCUAUGAGUUAACUGUUUCUCUCUGGGAGAGACAAGAAAUCUCUGGGAGAAACAGUUGACCCAUACGCAGAAUUUCUGUAAAAUCAUUUUAAAUAGAGUCAGCUCUUUUGAAACGCCCCUUAUUUUUUCGUACGAUAUUUAUUUUCUUAUUCUGGGUCAAGUGUUCCCCUCGUAACUUAAUUCAAUUUCAGGCCGACAUGGGCACAUCCGAUACCAUCUAAAAGCGAAAAUUGAUCGUCCAUGGAGAGUUGACGACACUUGCUUCCUCCCGUUGACUGUUAUGCCCUACUUCGAUCUGAAUGCGCUACCGUACGCUGGUCAUCCAUUACUUCGAGAAAUCCACAGAGAUUUGCGUUGCUGCUGCCUCUCAUACGGCCGUAUGCUUGUGCGGUUAUUCGUCAACAAAAGCGGAUUUGUUCCGGGCGAAGCGAUCCCGAUUCGAAUGGAAAUUGAGAAUAGUUCGGAUAAGGGAACGCACAACUUUCAAGCCACUGUAAGUGAGGCAGAUGUAGUCGUGAGAUUGUAAAAUAUGCAAUUUUAGGUGAUAGGAGGUGUAUAUUUUUUAUUUUUGGCCUAAAAUACGAGGCGUACCUCUGUGGUGUAGUGGUAGUGGUUUUGGAGUUUGACUCAAAAGGUCGCAGGUUCGAAUCCCCCUAUCGGAAAAAAGUUUGGAUUUUGCGCGGGAAGUGUAGAUAAGACUCCAAAAAGAAGAUGGAGACUGUUUAAAGUACGCACUUCCGCUAAGCCAAAAUUGGCUUUCUCCCAGCAAAGAAAUUUUUCGUUGCGGGACCCGCAAUCGGUGGGCGUGUCAAUAAAAAUAAAAAUAUUUUUGGGUAUUCCAAUGUAAAACUGUUGUUCGAAGGGAAUUUUUACAAAGGUAAGUCAGUUUUUACACCUAAUUUAGCUUGAAAAUGCAAUAAUUGUUCUUAUUUGUCCAAAUUUUCGACAUUUUUCGCAAUGUUACAUGAUUUUUGAUGUAAAUCAAGGUUGGCUAUGGAGAAUUUUAGUUUUUUGGUUGUAAUUUCAGGAAAAAGCGCCAUCCCGACACCGGAGUCACCUCCAAGGUCAUGAACAUCGAUGUUUUUUGAACCGAUCGGUAUGUUGUUUUAGAUCAUUAUUGAAUUAUUUUUUUAGAUUUUUGGGUAAAUCUUUGGACUCGUCACUGCUAAAGCCUCUCGCAUCCUCCAGUUGAAGAGUUGCUCGACUAUCUCCACGCGGAAUCCGGAUUUCGUUUCGUCUGAUCUUGCCCAGAGAAAAUAGGCCAUGAAGAAUGUUGCCGAAGACACCAAGCCAUCACCAAGUACUCCUCUACCAAGAAAUGGAUUGGUGGAAAAUGGAUUGGUCUCCUAGUCCCCCUUCACAUGUUGCUGAUCCCAAACGGCCCUCUUUAGGGCCGCAUAUUACACUAAUUUUUUAACCUGUUUUUGAUGUUUUAGGUAUAAAUAUUUUUAUUUCAAUUUGUCGUAUUUUAGACGGUUUGGAGCUUAUAAUGAAGGAUUCUUGACCAGUUCUUCCUUUUUUAGUCGUAUUUGCCAGGAUUAUCUUCUACAAUCCACUAACAAGACAAAUUCUUUAUUCGCAGAUCAAAGAAAUGUGGCCCUAAAGAGGGCCGUUAGGGAUCAGUAAUGUGUGAAACACCAGGAAAGAAAUCCAUCUUCCUUGGAAAAGGUGUAUUUGAUGAUGGUCUUGGUGUCUUCGGAAACAUUGUUCAUGGCCUGGGCAAGAUAAGACGAAGCAAAAUCCGGAUUCCGCGUGGAGAUAGUGGAGAAAAUCUUCAACUGGAGGAUGCGAGAGGCUUUAGCAGUGACGAGUCCAAAGAUUUACCCAAAAAUCUAAAAAAAUAAUUCAAUAAUGAUCUAAAACAACAUACCGAUCGGUUCAAAAAACAUCGAUAUUCACGACCUUGAGGAGGUGACUCCGAUGUCGGGAUGGACGAUUUUGCGCUUUUUCCUGAAAUUACAACCAAAAAACUAAAAUUCUCCAUAGCCAACCUUGGUUUGCAUCAAAAAUCAUGUAACAUUGCGAAAAAUGUCGAAAAUUUGGACAAAUAAGAACAAUUAUUGCAUUUUCAAGCUAAAUUAGGUGUAAAAACUGACUUACCUUUGUAAAAAUUCCAUUCGAACAACAGUUUUACAUUGGAAUACCCAAAAGUAUUUUUAUUUUUAUUGACACGCCCACCGAUUGCGGGUCCCGCAACGAAAAAUUUCUUUGCUGGGAGAAAGCCAAUUUUGGCUUAGCGGAAGUGCGUACUUUAAGUUACGAAUUUUAUUGUGUAGCUCUUCCAAAUCCAACAUUUCACCGGCCAGGAUUGUGGACGUCACAAAAUGAAUUCUCAUAAAGCGCAAAUUGCUGGACUCCGCAAACAGUUCGUCCCCCUCAAAUUUGGCAAUUUUAUCCACGAAGAAUUCUUUCAAAUCCCCUCAUGUGUCCCCAGUUUCAACUAUUGCCCAAUUAUGCAAGUGGAAUAUACGCUGAUGAUUCGGAUCGAAGCCGAUGUCAUGAUGGACUGUGACAUGAUGUGCGAAGUCCCAAUUUUGAUUGGAAGUGUGCCUGUACGGAGGCCGGUCGAGGUGCCGAGAGCGCAAAUUCACACGGAGAAUAAGUUGGUACCACCGGAACCAAGUGCGCCACCGAAGGAUUUUACACCGCAGGUAUGGACAAAUAUGGUCGUAGUAGGAUAAUUGAGUAACUUUGGACUUAAAUUACCAAUCCACUCAAAAUUUUCGGGCCAAAAAUUAAAUUUUUUGCCAAAAGUUUUAAAAAGUCCCUACUUUUUGGGAGAAAAAUCGAUUUUUCGACCGGUCGCUCCUUUUUGGGGAAAUUAAAAAGUGUUUAGAAAGUACUAUUAACGUCUCUUGUUUAUGUUGAGAGUUGUUUUGAAUGCAUUUAGUUUGAUUUUUCAACGAUUUUUGACCAUUUUCCCCUCUUUGCUUCCAGUGGGACUCGAACCCGCGACCUUUCGACUAUAAAGUUGGAAAUGGAACCAAUAUACCACAGAGACACAUGACGUGUUUUUGGUUCAAAAUUAAUGCAGAAUUGCCUCAGGGAAUUUAAGUCGCAUUUAAAAAAAAUUAUUUUGGAAUUUGGACAAUAAUUUACCCAAAAACAAAAAAAAAAUCAAAAAAAAAAUUUUGUUAUUUUUAGGUAUCCCCCGCCAAAAUUUCCGCAGACCCGAAACAAGAUUACAAAGACGGGAAAGUCCCGCCGUAUAACCCGGAAUAUUGCUACUAUCCCGAAUUGAAUGCACCAACAAAGUGUUAA